AUGGCGGAGACGCCCGAAGCCCCAGAUCCCGCUCCGAGCCGUGAGGCGAGGGGCCGCAGUGGCGAGGCCUGCGCCCGGCCCCAGGCCUGCGGCCACCCCCUGCCCCGUUGCCCGGCGACCCCCGGGGGCCUGCUCCGCCAUGGGCCUGCCCCGGCCUGGCCGCCCCCUUCUCCUGCUGGCACUGCUGCUGGCAGCGGCCCCCAACCCGGGGCGGCCCGGGGGGUCUUGCCCACUCCCCUGCCGCUGCCGGCGGCGGCUGCUGGACUGCAGCCAUGCCGCCCUGGGCAGCUUGCCCUCCGCCGCCCGCCGCUGGGCCCUCUCCAUCCUCAUCGAUCAUUUCUUUGCAGGGAUUUCACUGGCAACUCAAUUUCUUCCAUUGAAAAGCAAGCGUGGAGGGAAUACCCGUGGGCUGAGUACUUAGUCCUCCAGGACAACGAUCUGCGGGCCGUGAAGAGGCAUUCACUGGAGGGUCUGCUCCUGCUGAAGCACCUGGAUUUAUCUUGCAAUAAAAUCCUGUCGAUUGAGGAACAUGCUUUUGAGCCACUUCCUUUUUUGCAGCUUAUAAACCUUGGUGGAAAUCUCAUCACGCAGAUCCAGAAUGGCACUUUCCAGGCAUGGCAUGGGAUGCAGUUUUUACAGAAGCUGAUCCUAAGCCAUAACCCCCUGUCUGUUAUUACUGACACAUCGUUCUUCAAGCUGCCUUCAGUCAAAUAUCUAGACCUGGGUGCAACACAAGUGACUCAGCAGACAUUGCUCGUGCUCCUCCUGAGAACAGUCCGCUUGGAAACGCUCAAACUGCCCAGUGAUAUGGCCUGCUGCCUCUGCCAGGAGAAACACACCACCAAAACCCCGUGCAGGACCAUCAAGUUCCACUGUGAGAACCUGUGCACCACCAGUGCUCCCCAGUGCGCUCACACAGAUCUUCUGGUAGAGACACAAGGAGAAAUAAUGGAAGUGGUACAAUCCAGAAAACUGAACGCCAACGUGGUGUUGAACCUCAAGCCCAAGGAGCCUUCGCUUGGAGACCAUGAAACCGUAACGCUUGCGGUUGUCCUGAGCCUGACCAGCACUAAUGGUGAUCUCAGUAACCCGAAUGAUCACAUUUCCAGAACAAAUUCAUAUUCCCCUCAGCACCUAUCCAGACACGAAGGCAAAACUAGUAAGGAGCUGAGGCUGAUGCUGCACAGCAUUCAGCACAUGGGCUGGACCAGUGAAACUGAUAUAAGGAAACUCUAUUUUCUAGCAAAGGCACUAGUGGCUGAGCUCAAGAAGCAGCUGCACAAGGCUAAAAGCAUCGUGACUGUGAAAAACACCAUCUCACUCCUGCCGAUGUCUGCCAUGCAGAAGGACGAGGUGCACAAGAUCCCAGCAGUGGAGGGAGAUUCAACCACGGGCUGGGUGCAAAAGAAGCAUGACUUAGGUCUGAACCAGGCAGCAUUAAAUCCCUGGGAAGCAGCUGGCAGGUUAAACCCUACUAACAGCCCCUCCAUCUUCAGACACCACAAAAUAUCCACACCUCCUUCAAAACAUUCCCUUUCACGCUCCCCAGCAGAGGCCCCUCAUUUGUCCGGGUCUUUUAAGAUUCAAAAUUAUUCCGAUGCUGUGGAAGAGACCAAGAAAACUCGUGGGAUGGAGGAUGUGGAGGAUGUAGAAGAUGCAGAGGAAGCACCAUCUCCAAGGCAGGACUAUAUUUGGACUUACAAAAAGCACAAGCAGGGGGACAGCCCUUAUUUGAAUAAAAGUAAUCAGCUUUUCUACAAGACAUUUGGCAAUGUGAGUCCAGAGGAAGAGCCCACACCAACAGAAAGUAAAGCAGAGCAGAAACUAAACACAAACCAGCAUUUUUUCUAUAACCUGUUGGUUAACAACAGCCCCCCUGCUGCAAGCAGCAUGCUAGAGGACACAGCUGAAGAAGAGGGUUCCUCUGUAGGUGGGCAUUUACCAGCUGUCCCUCAAACUGCAGAAACACACUGGAAGCAACAAAAGGAAGGAUCCCGUUUCCUCAAUAAGCCAGGUAGCUCCAAGAGCCCAGAUGGCGCGUCAGUUCAAGGACACCUGUUUGAAACCAAGGUCAAUCGUCACCUACGCUUGCUUGUCCCAGACGAAGCCCUGCGGAUGUUCAUCACCCACGUGGCACGAGCCCUGAGGAUGGACUGUAGCCUACCCGAAGUCCAGCUGGCCUGUGCAAAGAUGGUCUCAAAGACGGGGCUGCUCAUAAAGCUGCUCAGCAAGAGGCAAGAUGACCAGGGAGCCUCUGCUCUCAUGGGCCAGUGUCUCCUGGAAGGGAACGUUUCCAAUGGCAUGGCCCAGGCCAGGGAGGCGGGCAGGAAACCCACAGGGAAGUGGAAACCAGAGUAUACCUCCAGCGACAGGCUCCUAUUAGCGAUAUCAGUGUCUGUCAUCAUCAUGAUUAAUCUCACAGUGAUGUGUCUCGUCGAGGUUUGCUCCCAAAAACCUGCAGCCGCUUCCCAACCUCGAAGCACCAGUAAAUCACACCCGAGAUGGUUCUUUCAAAAAAUCCUGCCACGAGGAUGGAGCAAGAACAAGUACAACAUUAGAGAGCAGGGCUCGCAUGUAUUGGAUCUUGGCAAAACCAAACCACAGUGGCUUAGAGACCUGUACCGGCCUCUCGAUUCCCAGCAUAAAAAAUCCAUGGCUGAGCUGUACGAUGAAGAGACCUCAGAUGAGGAGGAGAUUUUCAACAAGUUCAAGCUAAACUGGAUGCCCACAGCACCCCAGAAAAGCUGCAACGGUGGGAAAAUGCAAUUACCCAGAGACCCGAUGCCUCUGCCUUGUAGCUCCGGUGCACCCCAAGAGCUGGAGCAACGGUCCCUCUCCACGCCCACGGGUGCCCAGGUGCUCGGGAUACCCCAAAUCUCAUCCCAGCUGGAUGGGAACAAGAGGGCUCCAAGGGAUGGGGAGCCCUCGUAGGGCUCCGGCAGCAGCGGGCCAGGCUGGGCGCAGCACUGGGUGCCAAGCGCUGGAGCCGUGCAGCCUCCCUCCACACAUGGGGCGCGCUGCCUCCGGGAAUCCCCGCGGGGGAACGCGCGGGCUGCGGGUUGCUCUUCUCCGCGGGAAGCGGGCGAGGGGCUGCCGAGAGCAUCGGGGUGCCGCUGCGCACCCCGAGGGUUGGAUAAAGUUGUCGCGAUCGUUCAACGGCGGGCAAGGGCUUCUGAAAUCGCCAUUAAAACUUGCAGGUUUUUCAACCCGGAGUGUCCUGCGAGCGGUCGGAAGCGUGCACGCGUGCGUCGGGGCCUGCGUGCGCGUGUCCACGCGCGUGUUAAGGCACCAGCCCCCGCCGAGCUGCCGGCUGGCUGCCCAUCACCGGCACCCACCCGUGAGGGUGUGUGCUUGCACACGCGUGUGCCGGCC